AUGGCAGUUAGUUUUGUUCACAUCCCAGCUGGCAGCGAUUUUCCAUUGGAAAAUUUACCCUAUGGUGUAUUCUCGACAAAAUCAAAUCCCCGCAAACGUUUGGGUGUUGCCAUCGGUGACAGUGUUUUGGAUUUGAAUGGUGUUGCCUCCUUCUAUCCACCAGAAGUUCAGGAUGCUUUGCAAGCCGAGACAUUGAACAAAUUGAUGAGCCUUGGCUACACUGCCUGGCAAGUAGUUCGGGCAAAAACCCAGGAAUUGUUGUUGAAGAACUCCGUUUUGGAACAGAAUGCUGCUUUGGUGCAAAG